GGAUUUGACAUCCCGGAGGACCCAAUCCCGAGGGAUAAGAGGAGAUUUUUAUGCACCGAAUGCGGGAAGAGCUUCAACCACAGCGCCUACCUCCUCCGCCACCAACGCAUCCACUCCGGAGAACGUCCUUAUCCCUGUCCGAAAUGCGGGAAAACUUUUACCUGGAAUUCCCACCUGAAUUCCCAUCAAAAAACCCAUACGGGUGAAAAACCCCAUCGUUGUUCCGAAUGUGGGAAAUGUUUCAGCGCUCGGUCUAAUCUUUUCCGUCAUCAACGGAUCCACACCGGAGAAAAACCUUAUAGAUGUCCCGAAUGCGGGAAAAGUUUCGGGCAAAGCUCGGAUCUUAUCCAGCAUCGUCGAACCCACACCGGAGAAAAACCCUUUUCCUGCUCAUUUUGCGGGAAAUCCUUUAACGAACGAUCCCAUCUCAUCCGACAUCAAGGUCGGCAUACGGGGGAAAAACCCUACAAGUGUCCGGAAUGUGGGAAAAGCUUUGUCCAAAGCUCGGAUCUCCUUAUCCAUAGGCGAUCCCACGCCGGCGAAACUCCCUAUACGUGUUCCGAGUGCGGAAAACGCUUUCGGGUCAGCUCCAGCUUGGUACGGCAUCAAGGAUUACACACGGGAGAAAAACCCUAUAAAUGCGGGGAAUGCGGGAAAGGAUUCCGCGCUCGUUCCGUCCUCGUGAUCCAUCAACGGCUCCAUACGGGAGAACGACCCUACGAGUGUCCGGCUUGCGGGAAACGCUUCGUUCAAAGCUCCAACCUCCAUCGGCAUCGUCGGAUCCAUAUGGGAGAGAAGCCGUAUCCCUGUUCCGUCUGCGGGAAGAGGUUCAGCGGCCGUUCCAGUUUGGUUAAGCAUCGGCGGCUCCAUGAAUCGGCCCGCCCCUAUGGAUGCUACGAGUGCGGGAAAGGCUUCGGCACCAGUUCGGCUUUAGUAACCCAUCGGCGGAUCCAUACGGGCGAAAAACCCUAUAAGUGCCCCGACUGCGGCGAUCGAUUCAACCAAAAUUCGGCGUUAGCGGCUCAUCGGCGGAUCCAUACGGGCGAAAAACCCUAUAAGUGCCCCGACUGCGGGAAAAAAUUCGGUCACAGUUCGACGUUGGUUAAACAUCGUAGGAUCCAUACGGGGGAAAAACCUUACGUUUGCGAAGAAUGCGGGAAAAGUUUUAGUAUCCGAUCGACCCAUAUCCGCCAUCGGAAAACCCAUACGGGUGAACGCCCCUAUAGAUGUCCCGAUUGCGGGAAAAGUUUUAGCGAUAGCUCUUAUUUCGUUCAACAUCAACGCCUUCAUAUAGGCGACAUGCCCUAUAUAUGUCGCGAUUGCGGGAAACACUUUAUAUGGAGUUCGGCUUUAAUUCGUCAUCGACGGAUCCAUACUGGUGAGAAACCCUAUACGUGCCCGGAUUGCGGGAAGAGUUUUAGCGAAAAUUCGACGUUAUUACGGCAUCGACGGAUCCAUACGGGCGAGAAAUUCUAUAAGUGCACUCAGUGCGGGAAGAGCUUCAACGAUAGCUCCUCGUUGAUGCGUCACCAACGUGUCCACACCGGUGAAAGACCCUACCAGUGUUCCCAGUGUGGGAAGAGCUUCGUGGACAGCUCGACCCUCAUCUGUCACCAACGGAUCCAUACGGGCGAGCGACCCUACGCCUGUCCCGACUGCGGGAAGAGCUUUACGGAGAGCUCUACGCUCAUCACCCAUCAUCGGAUCCAUACUGGAGAGAAACCCUAUACGUGUCCCGAUUGCGGGAAGAGCUUCAGUCAAAGCUCCAACUUGGUGACCCAUCAACGGAUCCAUACGGGUGAACGACCCUAUAGCUGCUCCCAGUGCGGGAAGAGGUUUUAUCGGAGCUCGGAUCUCAUCCGUCAUCACCGGACCCACACCAGUGAGGCACCCAACACCUGCCGGGAAUGCGGGAAGAGCUUCCGUUGCCGCUCGGCGUUGGUGAACCACCAUCGGAUACACACGGACGAACGACCCUUCGGUUGCCAGGAUUGCGGACGCCGUUUCAACCGUCGCUCCAACCUAACCACCCACCGACGCAUCCACACCGGUGACAUGCCCUACAAGUGUCCCGACUGCGGGAAGAGCUACCGCGUCAGCUCCACCCUCCUACGGCAUCGCAAGACGCACACGGAUGAACGCCCUUACCGGUGCGACGAAUGCGGGAAGAGCUUCAGGCACAGGUCAACGUUGACCAUCCAUCACCGCGUGCAUUCGGGGGAGAGGCCCUACAAGUGCCCCGAGUGCCAGAAGAGCUUCAAGAACAGCUCGGAGCUGGUACGGCACGGGCGGAUCCACACCAGCGAGCGACCCUACGAUUGCUCCCAAUGCGGGCGGCGUUUUGGCGACAGCUCCCAACUGGUGCGGCAUUGGCGGACCCACACCGGCGAGCGACCCUACGAUUGCUCCCAAUGCGGGCGGCGUUUCGGCGACAGCUCCCAACUGGCGCGGCAUCAGCAGACGCACGCCGUCAAGCACAAACAUCCCGACCCAACCUGUGGGAAGAGCUUUUCCAACCAUCCCAGGCUCGCCAAGCACCAACAGAUGCACACCGACGAGAAAGAUUACCGCUGCCCCGACUGCGGCAGAGGCUUCAACCGUCGCUCCAACCUCCUGGUUCACCAACGGUCCCACCUGGAGCAGAAACCCUAUAUUUGCCUGGAUUGCCCCAAAAGCUUCACCAGCAGCACCCAACUCAUCCAGCAUCGGCAGAUCCAUAGCGAGGAGAAGCCUUAG